UCGCCGUGCUCGAGGCGACGGGAAAAGCUUCCUUCGCGGGUGGCAGGCAGGGCCAAUGGCCGCCGGCGCCUCUCCGCGGCGGACGGCCCCGGGGACGAAGACGGGGAGGAGGGGGAGGGGGAGGAGGAGCAAUGCCGCAUCUGCCGCCUCCCGGCCGAGGCGGGCCGCCCCCUGCGCCACCCCUGCGCCUGCCGCGGCAGCAUCAGGUUCGUCCACGACGACUGCCAGCUCCGGUGGCUCGCCACCCGCCAGGGGCCCCGAUGCGAGCUGUGCAACAACGACAUCUCCAUCCGACCUGUGUACGCUGCAGACGCCCCUGCGAGGCUGCCUGUUUCCGAGUUCAUCGCGGGUUUCUCCCACAAACUCAUGGAUCUGUUGCUCCUCCUUAUCUGCCUCGUCCCAGCACUUGUCAUGCACCUCAUCACCCUCAGGGCAUGGCUCCUCGCGCUUGCCAGGUCCUUUGCUCAAGUGCACUAUCUGCUGUCCCUCCGGCUCCGCCCCUCGGUCGCCUCGACUGUUGCUCAAACUGCAAUUUUCAUUUUAAGGCUGCCUGGUAUAAUUCUCAGAGGGGUCGUAGGUUCUAUCCCCUUCGUCGCCUCGAUUGUUGCUCAAACUGCAGUAUUCAUUUUAAGGCUGCCUGGUAUAUUUCUCAGAGGGGUCGUGCGUUCUAUUCCUGCUGCCAAUUUUUGUCUUAAUCUGCUGAGCGCAAAAAUAUUACACCCGGUGUUCUUUGGCUGGGCGCUUGAUAUCUGCACUUCAGAAAUGUUUGGUGCAACAAUGUCCCAGAGGUUCAAGCUUAUGCUUGCUUCAUCUUUUGCUUCAACUGUCCUUCAUUGGUAUUUUGGAUGCAUCUUUUGGCACCUAGGCCUUAGAUUCUUCAGACUUCUUGAUAAGAUACUGAGGCCAGGAAUUGCCAUUCCCUUUGUCCACUAUGAAGCUCACGAACCAUUCUACAAAUUUUAUUUCAAGAAGCUUCAUGUUCCUUUUGUUGGAAUCAUCUCUAUGGUUUUGGUCAUUCUUGUUCCUAUUCAAAUUGGCGGGCUAUUGGUGCCGGAGUUGUUCCCAUUUCAUAUCACCUACUUCAGUUGUGGUGCAAAGGGCAUAUCAUUUUGGCAAGCACCACGAAACUAUGUCGAUUCAGUUUCUCAUGCUCUUCUUCUGAAGUUUCUCAUUGAUAACACUAAGACACUCGUAUACCUUGAGUGGUUGGUGAAGAAGGUAACCCAGUAUUCCUUUGUCACUGCUGGACAUGCUCUAGGCUUGUCAGAUUCAUUGAGUAUCUGGCCCGUUGGUGCAUCUGGACAUGAUGAGAUUGGGAGUAGUGUCGCACCAGAAGACCAGUAUGAUAGGAUCAAUGAAGCUAAGGAUGGAAGGAGAUCAGUUGCAGUUGCUACAAUCCUAAGUCUGGUGCUUGCAUGGUUGACUAUUGUGGUAUUCAAUUUGGCUGUGCUCAUUUUUCCAAUCUCAAUUGGGCGUGCCAUCACUCGGCUGCCACUAGCAGGUGGACUGAAAUCCGAUGAUAUGCUUGCUUUGGCUAUUGGAUUUGGCACCAUAUCAACUGUUAUUGCCGCCUCUAGAGAUUCAUUUGCCUACGUGACUUCUGGGAGAACAGACCUUCUAGCCCUGAAUCGCUAUCUGGUUGUGUUCUUAUGGCUUGUCAUCGCUCCUUUCCUGACCGGGCUGUUGGUUGAUUUAUCACUAAUAUCACCAUUCACUGGGCUUGCUGAUGACGUUCCAGUUGUAGGCCUUUCCUACUAUUGGAGCCUGGGGUGUCUAUCUCUGAAAAUCUGGGGGAAGCAGGCUUGUCGGACAAGGGCCAGAUGCUUGCGAGCCUAUUUCAUCGACGAAAGGUGGGGCCCAAAGCUUAAUCAGGCAAAGGCGGAUUGGGAUUCAGGGAUCGCACCAAUGUGGUGGUUCUUGCAAGAUGUGUGCAUUCCUAUCGUCACGAAGCUGCUCGCUGCUCUGGGUGUUCCCUAUGUGCUUGCCAAGGGGGUCUUCCCAAGAUUCGGCUACUCCGUUGCCAUGAACUCGGCGGUGUACCGUUUCGUGUGUGCCAAACUCCAUGAUUCUAUCAGGGACGCCCGCUAUGUCGUCGGGCAGAGGUUGGAGGAUGUCGCCGACGGUAGCUGAAGACUCUUCUUCCCUGACCACUCUGUUUCCAGUCAGUUGGGGACGAAAGAGGUUCUGGUGAUACUAACAGUUAGUAGCAUGCAAACGUGUUGCUGACAUCAACAAAUGCAGACGAGAUGAUGCCAGACAGAUAAAUUCCUGGUGAAACUUGUAAAUAUGGGUGCGGUUUUCAUUUUCCAUGUGGAAGUUACCUGGAGUCGUAUCGGUCAGUUCCCGACGAAUCGCUGGGAUGUAAGGCGCCGUUGAAUUUAGGCAGAUAUCUUGUAGAUUUCUACGCUUUUUUGCAAGGUGUUAUCAGGAUUGUUGUAUGGUUAGCUGCUGACAGGCUCUCGGGCCUUUCCAGUGCCAAAUGUGCUUUGGCACUGUUAUAAGGCAAUUGUGGUGGGUUUGGAAACUUUUAUCUUGGAGCCAUGUGCAUCAAGUUUCCGGGGCAAACAUUUGCACCAACAUGCGAAUUGUCACAAAUUCAACAGGGGAACGACCUAUAAUAUAUACUGGAGUCAUCACUGCAUUCGAAAUUACACGCCUUCCAGGCUCGCUGCUCCCUCUCUGCAGCUGUUUGAUAAAAUUCUGGCUGCAGCUGCUGCCUGUUGGUAUGGAUGUAACAAAAAAAUGUGGACAGAAUCAUGGUCGAUACGCGGCUAUUAAUAUCUUCAUUUGACGUGUGCAAGUGGUACAAAACUAGGGCAGGACAUGUCUAACAUUUUUGGCCGCCAAAAUUUUGAUUACAUCCAUCAGCCAAAAGAAAUUUCCAUAUCAACAGGCAGUAGCUACAUUUCAACCAUAAGUUUUGAGUCAUCAUCUCACCCCCCCCCCCCCCCCCCCCCCCCCCCCCCCCCCCCCCCC